GCUGCGGUGCCGGCACAGCGGCAUGGCGGCGGCGGCGGGCCCGGGCCGCGGCGGCAGCGGCGGCGGCAGCUGGGGCCGGAGCCGGGGCGCCGUGCUGCUGCUCUUCUUCUCGCUGUCGCCGCGGCCGCCGGCCGGGGCCGCCUGGCUGCUGGGGCUGCGGCCCGAGGACACGACGCCGGGCCGGGUGUCUCUGGAGGGCGGCGCGGUGCAGGCGGCGGAGGGCAGCCGCUUCCUCCUGCGCCUCUACUUCCAGCCGCAGCCCGAGGGCAACGGCAGCCGCGGGCCGGCGGGGGAGCGGGAGCCGAGGCUGGUCUUCAUCGAGGAGGCGGCGGCGGGGAGCACGGCGGCGCGGGGCCCGGCGGAGCGGUGCCGGGAGCGCAGCGCCUGGGCCUCGGACGUGGAGGUGGUGGGGCCGCUGCGCUCGGGCGGCGCAGCGGGCUCGGCGCUGGCCGAGGUGCGGGUGCGGGAGCCGCGCAAGGGCGAGGCGGCGGCGGCGCCGGGCGGGCGGCUCUUCUCGCUGUGCGCCUGGGACGGGCGGGCCUGGGCGCACCACGGCGCGGCCGGCGGCUUCUUGCUGCGGGUGCGGCCGGCCGCCCCGCCGCUGGGCACUUGGCUACUGCCGCUGCCCGAGGCGGGCUGGCUGCGGGCGCUGGGCGCCCUGCUGCUGCUGGGGCUGUCGGCGCUGUUCAGCGGGCUGCGCCUCUCGCUGCUCUCGCUGGACCCGCUGGAGCUCCGCGUCCUGCGCAACAGCGGCUCGGCCGCCGAGCGGGAGCAGGCGCGGCGGGUGCAGGCAGUGCGCGGCGGCGGCGGCACCUACCUGCUGUGCACGCUGCUGCUGGGGCAGGCGGGGGCCAACGCGGCCCUGGCCGGCUGGCUCUGCGCCUCCCUGCCCGGCGGCGGGCCGGCGGCGGCGGCCGGCGGGCCGCGGGGAGCGCCCUGGCUGCCGGUGCUGCUGUGCACCGCCGCCGUGUUCCUGGGCGGCGAGGUGCUGCCCUAUUCGGUGUGCUCGCGGCACGGGCUGGCCAUCGCCUCCCGCACGCUCUGCCUCACCCGGCUGCUGAUGCUGGCCGCCUUCCCCCUGUGCUACCCGCUCAGCCGGUUGCUGGACUGGGCGCUGCGGCAGGAGCUCAGCGUCUUCUCUACGCGGGAGCGGCUGCUGGAGACGCUGCGCGCCGCGGGCCCCCACGGCGACCUGGUGCGGGAGGAGCUGGCCAUGGUGCAGGGCGCGCUGGAGCUACGCACCAAGGUGGUGGAGGAUGUGCUGACACCGCUGGCCGACUGCUUCAUGCUCCGGGCCGAUGCUGUGCUGGACUUCGCCACCGUCUCUGAGAUCCUCCGAUCUGGCUACACACGCAUUCCAGUCUAUGAGGGUGACCGGCGCGACAACAUUGUCGACCUGCUCUUUGUCAAAGACCUGGCCUUUGUCGACCCUGAUGACUGCACUCCCCUGCAGACUGUCACCCGCUUCUACCGCCGCCCGCUCCACUGCGUCUUCAACGACACACGCCUCGACACGCUGCUCGAGGAGUUCAAGAAGGGGAAGUCCCACCUGGCCAUCGUGCAGCGGGUGAACAACGAAGGGGAAGGAGACCCGUUCUACGAGGUGAUGGGCAUUGUCACCCUGGAGGAUGUCAUCGAGGAGAUCAUCAAGUCCGAGAUCCUGGAUGAGACAGAUCUCUACACUGACAACCGGAAGAAGGAGCGGGUUCCCCACCGGGGACGCAAGCCCCAGGAUUUCUCCAUCUUCAGGCUCUCAGAGAGUGAGAUGAAGGUGAAGAUCUCCCCACAGCUCCUCCUGGCCACCCAUCGGUUCAUGGCAACAGAAGUGGAGCCUUUCAAGUCCCCCUACCUCUCUGAGAAGAUCCUGCUGCGGCUCCUGAAACACCCCAAUGUCAUCCAGGAGCUCAAGUUCGACCGGAAGAACAAGAAGGCAGCAGAGCAUUACCUCUACCAGCGCAACCGCCCUGUCGACUACUUCGUGCUCAUCCUGCAGGGGAAGGUGCAGGUGGAGGUCGGCAAGGAAGGACUGCGCUUUGAGAACGGGGCCUUCACCUACUAUGGUGUCCCUGCCAUCAUGGCUGUUGUCUCCUCAGAAAAUGAUGUGCGAAAAAUGGGAAGCCUGGCAGGAUCCUCCUUCCUACUGCCUGUCUCAGUGUCCCGUACUUUCGCCUUCAGCAGAGGGGACUCCCUGGCUGGCUCUCCAGUGAACAGGUCACCGUCGCGCUGCAGUGGCCUCAACCGCUCAGAGUCCCCCAACCGGGAGGACUAUGGAGGCAGCAGCACGCAGCUCCACAGCAGCAGCAACAACAUCUACACGCCCGACUACUCUGUGCACAUCCUCUGCGACGUGCAGUUUGUCAAGGUGACCCGGCAGCAGUACCACAACGCGCUGGUGGCCAGCCGCAUGGACAGCUCGCCGCAGUCCCCGGACAUGGAGGCCUUCGACAGGGACUCAACCAAGGCCUCGACUGCACGGGGAACCCCACAGACACCUAAGGAGGACCCUGCCACCCUCCUGAAUGAGAGGAACAGCAUCAUGUGCAGCCGCUCGGAGGGGCUGCGCAGUCCCAGCGAGUCGGUGUUCCUGCGCAUGGAGGGCAUCCCCUUCAUCCAGGAGGAGCUGGCUGACAACGAGGAGAACAGCAAGCGGCAGAGUGAGUCUGGCGAGGAGCACACACACCUGAGCCCGGGGCUGGCGAGGCCACAGUGCCCUGAGGUGCUGCAGCCGUGCUGGGCUUUUGCAGACAGUGAGUGUUGCGGGACCGUCCUGGAAGCAGAGUCCCCAGGGCGAGAGGCCGGGACCAGCUCAUCGCCGAGCAGCUCUGAGGAGGCACUGGGCAAGAGGCUGCUGAGAUCCCUCAGUGGGCGCAAGAAGCGGACAUCGUCAGAAGGUGAGAAGUCUCCAGAGGAAAGCUCCAAUCUCGCCCCAUUGAUCACCUGAGCAGCAGCGUGGCCAGAGCACAGUGCUGGAGGCCCGUGCAGACUGGAGGUCUGCAGCAUGGGGUCUCCUGCCGAGGCUCACGUCCAACAGCAGGAGGUCUGCACUCGCUCGCUGCCUGUCCGCCCGCUCGUGCCGCCCCUCCCUGCAGGAUCUGUGCAGAGCCCCAUCCCCAGGCGAGAAAGGAUGGACCCCACAGGGCUGAACCACGCAGGCAGCCUGCACCAGCUAGCUGGAGUCCAAGGGCCCUUGCCCUUGCGAGCCGCUCCCUGGUAGCAUCUGGUGUCAAGGAAGAGGUGGAAAAAGGAAAGGUGAAAAAGUGUCUGUGACGGCAUCCCUGCAAGCAGUGCAGGGAGGGGCAGCCCAAGCCAGAACUGCCCUUUAACAUCACUUACCAUCCCCAUCCCAGCGAGGCCCGGAGUCCUGCAGUGCCGGUGCUGCAAGAUGUCGUCUCCAGCAAGAGGAGAAUGUGCUCUUUGGGGGUGCCACAGCAGCUAAGGGCCUCACCACACAUUGGUGCCGUGCCUGGUGACACGCCCGCUUGCAGCGCCUCGCUCACGCUGGCCAUGGACAUGGCCCAGCCCUCCCGAAGCCCUGCCAGGCCCAGGGCAAGGAGCCCCGCUCACCCCCAGUGCAGCCCCCUCGCUGGGGAGGGGGCUCUCCAUGCUGCAUUGGACCAUCCUCCUCUCCACACACGCCUGCCGCUGUGAGGGAGGCUCGCACCAAGACCUGGGGGUGGGACAGACCAGUCAGUAGUUUUUGUAGAGGCUCAACGCAACGGGAAUAUCAACAUUAAAAGUGAUUUUUCCCUGA